GGAAAACUCAAACCUCUAUUUAGCAUCGAUCAAACUGUCACCAAACAAACAAUACAAAACGCAAACCCAUCAUGUCGAAUAUACUCGCAGCCAAACUCGCCUGCCAAUGCGGCGGAAAAAACAGUCCAAUGGACUCGGUGAUAGUGCCGAUUACCCAGGAACUCAGAUGUAUGCAAAAAGUUAUCAAAAGGGUGAGACACACUCAGAUGGUCGACCUUAUUCAACGCGAAACUGAGAUGUACAAUGCCGAGCUGAAGGCCCGGAAUCUUUCGAUUUGGCACGAAGCUGGUCAUCGAUACUGCAAAUGACCUUUGGGGCAGCCAACACAGAUUAUAAGAUUCUUUAAUGCUAUUUCGUUUCAACUGAAGUUUGCACCUUUUUCCAACUCUCUUAUAUUUUUCCAAAACAUACCAAAAUCAAAA